UGAAAAAAUAUUUUAUAUCAAAGUAAACAAAUAUUUGUAAAAUAUAAUCCUUAUUAAAAACUUAUUAUUGUCGGCACAAUUACAAAACUUUUCUCCUUGAAGUUUUAUUUUAGAAACGUACGCAUAUAAAAUGGACCUAUACGACGAUUUGGAUACUAAAAAGCAACUUGAUGGUUGGUCAUCAGGGAUUAAAAUGUUGCAAACACAACUAGCGAUUAAAAAAGCUACUUUACCUCCACCCAAAAAGGAGGUACCAAAAAAGCCGAGUCUAAUGCCAACUGUAACUUUAAGUAGACCAAAGAAAGUUGAAGAUCUUUUUAGCAACAGCGACCACAUAAAAAAACCAGAGGUAAAGAAAUCUCAAGUGCAAGUUACAGUUCCUGUUGGACAAUUACCCCCAGCUGAAAUAACGAAUGAAUGGGAUUUCGUAGAUGAAUAUAAUCCUUUAUGGCCAAAUGAAUAUGAAAAAUUAGUAAAAGAUAAACGAGAUCGGGAUAGAGAGAGGGAUAAAAGAGAUGACUAUCACAGAGACCGUAGGAAACGAAUUAGUAAACCUCACGAAGAUUCACCUCCCGUGAAGCUUUCAGGAUUUGCGGGACGCUCGAAUGAUGAAGAUUCUUACGAAAAAUCACCUCCAUCUGCAACACCUUCGCGUACUUCUGGUGUGGCAAUUGCUCCACCUCCUUCGCUACAAGAAAGUACCGCAAUCAUACCAGAGAAAUUAGAAUUAUCGAAUGCGAAUGUGACUACACCAUAUGGAACUAGCUCAGUUGCAGCUAAAAUUAUGGCAAAAUAUGGUUUUAAAGAUGGACAAGGUCUUGGUAAACAAGAACAAGGAAUGUCUAUUGCAUUACAAGUUGAAAAAACUUCCAAAAGAGGCGGUCGAAUUAUACAUGAAAAGGAACUAUUCAUACCCCCACUUCCACCACCAAGUCCACCAGCUCCAGCUCCUGCAGUAAUUGAACCACCUAAACCGGAACCCAGUAUAACGGAAAUUAUGAAAUCUCCAAGUAAAGUUGUACUUCUAAGAAAUAUGGUGGGUCCAGGUGACGUUGACGCAGAAUUGGAACCAGAAGUUAAAGAUGAAUGCAAUACAAAAUACGGUGAUGUUGUGUCUGUCGCGAUACAUGAAGUGCCAGGUGCAACUCCAGAUGAAGCAGUAAGAAUUUUUGUAGAAUUCAAACGAAUCGAAAGUGCUAUUAAAGCAGUAGUCGAUCUUAAUGGACGUUUUUUUGGUGGAAGGCAAGUAAAGGCAGGAUUUUACGAUUUUGAUAAAUUUAAAAGUGGUCAGAUAAAUUAUUAAAUAAAAUAAUUACAUUCAACUCGUCCUUGUAUUUUUUAUU